AAGAGGCGGCAGAUUUUAGAAGGCACAACAUUGUAGACCAGACAACUGAUUGUUGGCAUUGUUGAUUUGUCUGCAGUUGUCGGCAGAUGUGGGCCAAUGAAAUGUAUUUCUUAAAGGAAAUGUGGUUUCUGCUAGCCCUUGUUGGACGUUCUGCAGGUGUGGAUGAUCGGCUCAAAUUGAAUAUGCUGGGUUUCACUCCAACUCCUGCUGUUAGUGAUACUGAGAAAACUAAUAUUCGUGGUUAUACGCUGGGAACUGACCGAACAGAUAACAUCACACUCAAUAUUAAACUCUUGGUCAAUCUGGAUAAUCUAUCGGGAAAACCACUUUGUGAUAACUUGGAUCUUCAAUUUGAUGUUACUUGUGAAGUCCAAAAUAUACCGAGUGCUAAGUCCACUUUCCGUAUAGCUAAUAUUAAUAAUAGUGGCUACAAUGGUGAAGCCCGAGUCGGAGUAUUUACUGCAUACGCACAGAAAUUUAAUCGAAGUGCCAAUGCUACAAUCAUAGUUCACCAUGAAAGGGCGUCUGUAAUACCGAUUGUUCGUACUAAGACCGUUAGUAUAUGGGAUAGUAACGUUACACUUGUUGUCGAUCAACGUAACGCAAGCAUUGAAAACUUACGAUGGGCGAAGAACGGAAAUUAUAACAUAGAAUGGGACAACUUGACGGAGAUUUCGUUAGAAAAUAUUACAUUGGAUGAUGCCGGGGUUUAUGAAUGUUAUAUAAAUGACAGCUGGAACGAAGGAAAACACGCUUUCAUGCAUCUGAUAGUAAGAGAAUGUCCACAUAACAAGUGGUCUCCACCUAACUGUACCAUGGAUUGUGAAGUAUGCUACAACGGAGGAGUAUGUGAUACAGUCAUCGGAACCUGUAUAUGUCCUUCAGGAUUUACCGGAGCUAGUUGCAAAACAUCUUCUGGUGGUAAUCGUUUUGGGCGUGAUGGUCUAACCCCAUGUGAAAGUGGUAACGAUGACGGAUGCAAAGGGAAUCUGUUUUGUCCGCCUAUGCCACAAGGUUGUGCCUGUCACGCUGGCUGGAAAGGACUUAGCUGUGAAACGGAAUGUGAAGCUGGCAAGUAUGGCGCUGACUGUCUACAAGAUUGUCAUUGUAAUGCUACUGAGUGUCAGAGUCUGUAAUGUGACUGCAACAUGCCACCCUGGCUACACAGGCGAAAGAUGUUUAGAUAAAGAUACCAGCGAGUAUUCGAAUGAUACGGCCUCUGGUGUGAGAACAACUAAUGGUAACGUACUUAGUGUCAAAUUAACAUGGACCUGUAAUAAUAAUUACAGCUCCAUGAUAGUUUGUUAAAGUGUAUCAGUCAAUCGCGAACUCUGCCGGUGAAUAUGAUGAAGAAUGGUAUAGGUUAGUUUUAUUUAAGAUACAUAUACACCAUGGAGGAUAUAUAUAUUAUGAUAUAUUUCCUCCAUGGUAUCGACUAACCAAUUUUUUUACAGCAUUACUGAGAUUAAUUGAAUUUUUUAACGGGCAUGGUAGUUUUCGGAGAUUUUUCAGAUUGUAAUCGACC